GAGUACGAGAAUAAUGCGGGGACCAGAAAGUUGCCUAAAGAGGAGGACAGGCAGCAUUAAGUUUCACAUUGCGACCAUAAUGCACACCAUCUCCCCUGUCCUUGCACAUUGUUUGGGAUCAUGACAAAGGGAUGUCAUGUAAGGAGAGUGGAUCAAUCGGAAGGCGGUCACAUGGUGGUCAUUCGGGAGACAGACUGCUCUACAGGUCAGUUGACAGACGAAGGGAUGCACGUCCCUUAUCGGCAGUGGGUGAGAAGAUAGCCGGGCUGAUCGCUGAAUCUCCCUGUUCCUUUGGGGCUCCCAUCACAGAAUGCCUCACAAGAGCAAGAAAGAAAAGGGAUCCAACAAGAAGCAGCCGCCUGCCACUCAGGCGAUGAGGGUGAGGCCACCGGGUUCACACUCGGCCACCAAAAAGGAGAAGAGAUACAGCACCUCCUGUUUCCCCCUCAGCACCAACCGGGACCUGCAGAAACUCACUCCACUGUCAGACGUAGCCCCGGCGGAGCAGGAGAAGCUGUUCAUCCAGAAGCUCCGGCAGUGCUGCGUCCUCUUCGACUUCCUGUCCGACCCACUGAGCGACCUGAAAUGGAAGGAGGUGAAGCGCGCGGCGCUGAGCGAGAUGGUGGAGUACAUCACGCACAACCGCAACGUCAUCACGGAGCCCAUCUACCCGGAGGUGGUGCAUGUGUUUGCGGUGAACAUGUUCAGAACAUUGCCUCCGUCUUCGAACCCCACCGGGGCGGAGUUCGACCCAGAAGAGGAUGAGCCAACACUGGAGGCAGCCUGGCCUCAUCUCCAGCUUGUCUAUGAGUUUUUCCUGAGGUUUUUAGAGUCUCCCGACUUUCAGCCCAACGUAGCGAAGAAGUACAUCGACCAGAAGUUUGUGAUGCAGCUUCUAGAUCUAUUCGACAGCGAGGAUCCCAGAGAGAGAGACUUCCUGAAAACCACGCUCCACCGCAUCUACGGGAAGUUCCUUGGGCUGCGGGCCUACAUAAGGAAACAGAUCAAUAACAUUUUCUAUAAGUUUAUCUAUGAGACUGAGCAUCAUAACGGUAUUGCCGAACUACUGGAAAUACUUGGAAGCAUAAUCAAUGGCUUUGCCCUGCCACUAAAAGAAGAGCACAAAAUCUUCCUGCUGAAGGUCCUAUUGCCACUGCACAAAGUGAAGUCCCUCAGUGUCUACCAUCCCCAGCUGGCCUACUGUGUGGUACAGUUUCUGGAGAAAGACAGCACUCUCACUGAACCGGUGGUGAUGGCCCUGCUGAAGUACUGGCCCAAAACGCACAGUCCCAAGGAGGUGAUGUUCCUGAACGAGCUGGAGGAGAUCCUGGACGUGAUCGAGCCCUCUGAGUUCGUCAAGGUCCAGGAGCCCCUCUUCCGCCAGCUGGCCAAGUGCGUGUCCAGUCCGCACUUUCAGGUGGCGGAGAGGGCGCUGUACUACUGGAACAACGAGUACAUCAUGAGUCUCAUCAGCGACAACGCCGCAAAGAUCCUGCCCAUCAUGUUCCCCGCGCUGUACCGCAACUCCAAGACCCACUGGAACAAAACUAUCCACGGGUUGAUCUACAACGCGCUGAAGCUCUUCAUGGAGAUGAACCAGAAGCUGUUCGACGACUGCACCCAGCAGUUCAGAGCAGAGAAAAACAAAGAGAAGGCCAAGUCGAAAGAGCGGGAAGAGGCUUGGAUCAGGAUUGAAAACCUUGCCAAAUCAAACCCACAGUUCCUUGUGUGUGUUCCUUCCCCUGCCCGCUGUAGUCCUGUAGCAAUGGAGACGGAGGCUCCGUCGAUAGAAGAUGUUCAGAGGUGAAGAAAGAGAGUUGAGGAAGGCGCCACUCAGCUACAGCGAGCCCAGCGGACAGAGGGCCCACUGGUGAGCCGCAGGUCUGAGUUGCCUCAGGACAUCUACACCACGAAAGCCUUGGACUCCCCCCGCCGAGGCGAAGACAUGUUGACCCCCCACGACCGACUCUAGGUCCCCCCCCCACCCCAUAACGUCAUGCCCCUCCCCCCACCGAGGUGCCCGGUAAGCCUCUGAGCCUCAAACCGCACAGCAAGCCACCCCACUGUGCCCCCCUCUCCCCAAGUCAUGUUGGCUCUGAUUGGCCAAGUAUGACUCGGGGGAGGCUGGCUCAGUUCUCCUCUUCCUGGGGGCCUCGGGCCUCCUCAGCCUGUCAUGGUUAACUUCAGCACACCGCGUCUGUCUGCUGCCACCAGGAGCCUGCAGUCACUCGCUAGCAAAUAACAAGUUUGCUAAAAAACAAAAUGGGACUGGGUAGGGGGGCGGGGGGACUGGGUUCUUCUUCCUUCCGGACACUUUUUAUUAUAUUAUAUAUUAUUUUAUUUUUGGGCGUACUUUAUUUUUCCGUCUUCGGGAUGAAUUCAGCAACUUGAAGACCAAUCUGUCCAUUUUGUGGAUUAUUUUACUUUUUCCUUCUUUUCUCGAUCCCAGCGACGUCAGUCGGUGCCAAGAAUGAUGUUUUCAUUCUUAGUUUCGAUGGUUACGACAUGUUUUACCUGGGCCAUGCCCCAACAGAAACCCCUGGUCCCAUGACGUGGCCGGGGUCACAUGACGCCUCUUGCCUUUAUUUCUUUCUUUGUCGUUGGUGUUUCAGCACAAGCUUUUCUAGGUCGGCAGACCCCAGACCCCUCCAGACCCCGGACCCUAGACACCCCCCCCCCAGACCCGUCUGGCGCCUCGGGUCCCGGGAGACGGCCAGGUGAAUGUGGUCCCAUGGACAACGAGUCUCUACUGGUCUUCUUGGUUCGUGCCAUAUACCGUUCUGUCGUUUCUGUUCUUCUGUCUGCUGUCCCAGUGAAUGAGUCCUUUUCCUUUUAUUGGCCAACCAAACUUUCAUAGAACAGCAUAUGGAGAUGGUGACCGUUUCAACCUGGUACUUAUGAGUUAGCAAUAUUUAAAGAGGAACGAAACACGACAAUCUAAACUUCUGUCUCUAGCAGAAUAUUCCCUUUUCUGUUUCUUCUUAUUGGCUGAAACAGCAGCUCCUGGGGAUAAAUGUGUUUAGUUGAAAGCCAGUGAGCCCAAAAUAAUGUUUUUCUUGUUUUAAAUUGUUUUUAGUUCUGUGUUUCUAUGUCUUCUAUGAUGUUGAACAUAUGAUUAAAUGCCAUUUGUCACUCAAAUACAAUAAUGUUAUUUGGGAAGAGCUCAAGUCCGUUUUUUGCCAGACUGCGCCAACCUGUUUCAAUCCCUUCCCCCCGCUUCCCCCCAAACCUGUUCUAGAACUUUCUUGUCCCCCUCCCCAAAAAACGAUUCCAGUAAGUUCUAGGCCCUCCCCCCCCCAAAACUGUUCCAGAACAUUCUAGCCCCUCUCCCCCUGAACCUGUUCCAGAACGUUCUACCCCCCCAAAACUCUUCCAGAAAGUUCUAGCCCCUCCCACCCCAAACCUGUUCCAGAACAUUCUAGCCCCUCCCCCCACAAACAUGUUCCAGAACAUUCUAGCCCCCCAUGAGGACCUUUCUUUUCAUGACGUCGAAGUGCCUUUUUGGAGGCACUUCACGCCUUUCAUAUAAAACUUCUCUGCUAAUAACACACGUUCUGAAGGUUCCCACCGCGUUGGGAAGAGAACGCCUCUCCCCUCCUGCAGAAAACCCUUUUUUAAUAAAUUCCAGCUGAAAGCGUCACGCUAGGAGUGUGGUGGCGUCAGAUCGGCUCGGUUGGCCUUUCAUUCACUUGGAUCUGUGUCAUCCAGCCAUGUGUGUGUAUCAGUGGUUUAAGAGGACACUUUGUUAUGUGUUUGGAUGCGUUUGCCUGUAUAUGAAAUAUGACAUAAUGGACAUGAAUGUCCAUGGAAAAACUUUUUUCUUUCUUGCUUUCUUUUGUCCUCAUAGGAAAUCCUCUAGACCAAAUACUAUUGAAUGGGUUUGCAGCGAUAGAGAUGUUUUAUGGGUGAAUAGAAAACCCACACGUUUGAAUGGCGUCUAUAUUCUGAAAUCAGUGAACAAUUCUGUACCAUUCCCAUGUCAGGAUUCUCCUGGUAGCAACGCUGAACUCCAAACCUGCAGUCUCACUUCCCUGGUUUGUUUCUUUGUAGUUAAGCUAGUUUUUUUUAAUUCUGCUACCCACUUCAUCAGAAUCACUGCCGUUGUUUGAAUUGAAGGCCUUUUUGGCUAGUUCUUUCAUCGUAAUGAUUUUUUAUUUCUUUCAUGUCUUGUUCCUGGCGUUUGCAAAUUCUUGGAUGUGAGAUUUGGCAAAUAAGAAAAGAAAAAGACAAAUGCUGAGAGAUGCUGGUGCGAAUGCCAGAUGCCGAGUAGUUUACUGGCAGUGCACCUUGGGAUACUGUCUGUAUGGAUACUGUAUUUAAAGAGAUGUACAUUUUUAAAUGAUCAUGUUAACAUGUCCCUUCUCGCCCUGGAGAAAAGGACUUUCAUCAAAUUAUUUUCUCAUUUAGUUAAAGAAAUUAAGCUUGCUGGAAGAUUGAUUUUGCAGCUCCUAACCCUCUAGUUUUAAAAUAAUUUCAAACUACUAUAGAUUAACAAGUGUCCUUUUGUAUGUGACCUGUAUAUGGCUUCAUUUAAUAUUGUAUAUAUGAUUUACUUUGUUUAUGUAGUGUUGUAUAUCUAGAUUAAUUUUGUACAAAUUGUCCCUCUGUACAGAAUAAAACCUCACUAGCAAGUAAAAGAUGUCGACAUGGCACACCUUUCCUUUAUUGGCUGUACUUUUUGAAACAUUAGAAAAUGUUCUGAAAUAAAUAUAUAUAUUUUCCGUUCAAA